AUGGCUCGGAAUCGAUACGAAGUGAAACUGUUAGAGCAGAUUAGCGGGUUUGCAGAUGAUUUAAGAGAAACUUUUGUCAGCGAACGAACCAAAUAUGAGGUUGAAAAAAGGCUAGAAAGUGAAGUGACUGAAGCUGAUCAACUUGUUAUCAAGUCAAAUGCUUGGAAAGAGGAGAAAAGAUUUGGUUUUACCCUGGACGGAAAGAAGCUGUGCCUUGAAUACCUUACAACGGCUUCAUGUCAACCUCCAGAGGGAUUCUGUGCGCUGUGGCACAUUUGUAAAGGUUUUAUCCAAGGAGAUUGCGAUGGAGGAUGUGGCCGAUCUCAUGACUUUCACGACAGGGAAAACCAGGCAAAAACGGAAGAGGUUGGACUUAAAAGUUUGGCGAAUGAAUUGAUCAAGAACAUCGUUGCUUACCGACUGCCUCAGGUUUGCCUUUUAUACCAGAAUGGUAAAUGCAACGAUCCCGACGAAUGUCCUUUCCUUCACAUUUGCGUUAACGCAUUGACAAAUAUCUCAUGUGAAUGCGCGUUAUCACACUGCUUCACCGAUAGACGAAGCGGGAGUAUUCUGAAAAGAUAUAGUCUUAGCCCGUCUAUAUGGUUUAAAUCAGAGAGACUAAUUGAGUUCGUGCGCUGUAAUAUUAUUAUACCGAUAGAACAAGUAGCUAUACCUGCUAGAGGGUCCGACGCUCUCCUAUUGUCCCAGAAAGAAAUAUUGUCUACUAGCGGUUGUGUAGUUCCUGAUGUACAAGAUCACACAAGAAAACUUGCAGCGCUUGCAUUAGAUGACGCAAGAGCCAGCUGUCAAAAUCCGAGUUGUAGCAUGAAACCGUCCGUUUGUAGAACUGGAAUGAGGUCUCCUCUCGUUUACCAUAACAGUGUAGACAGAAGAAGAUCUUUAGGGUGUUCAUCGACCUUGUAUGACUUAAAUAACAACCUCGAUUAUGGUAGAGAAAUAUUUCCAAACUCGAAUAAUGCUGGCCAGAAAAGGGCAGGACCUCCUCAAGCGCAUCACUGUCAACAAGAAUCACAUCUAAGCAUGCCUUCGACUGAUUCCAAGAUUCUAGGUCUUUGUCAAACUUUUGCAACAAGUGACGACUUGGACAGGGCUUUGAGAGCAAGUCUAUGCCCUGACUCUACAAAAAAAGUGGAUAGUUCAUAUCCGGUAUGUCACACGACACAAGUCGAGUCAACGGAGUCGGUAUUGAACGACAAAAAAUCAACUCCAGAGUUAAACGCCUCACUGGGUGAUGCACUCAUGCGUUCCACGCUAAAAAGUAAAAAGAAACAGAUAUACAAAAGAAGAAAAAAACAGACAGUGCAUUCAUCUCAAGGAUAUCAGAGGUCAGGAGCUAGCGACAAGCGAGAACAAAAACGGUACAGGAAGUCAUUACCAAAACAUGGGUUUUCUCCAGAGUCCUACCAGAGCUAUACACGUGUCCCUUUGGAGCCAAAUUCCAGUGAAUUUCAAGAAGUGGAGCGCUUGUUCAGAGAGAGUAUGAAAGAAGACAAGGUCAUUGUCAGUGUAGAACGAGUGGAAAAUCCGUUUAUGUGGGAGACGUUUUGUAGGUAAAUAGCAAUAGUAUUUAUUUCCACCGGACAGCGUGACAUGCCCCCCAAGUUCUGAUUGUUAAUUCUCCCCUCUAGUUGCUAUAUAUUUUCCUUGUGAGUUAGUUACGAGAA